UCUCUUGAUAGGACGAGACAUCACUCUCAAGCGCCGACACUGAAAUCAGUGACCCCAGCCUUCUAUCCGAAACAAGUGCCUCACAAGCUGUAGAAGGGGUCACCACUCCAGCUGAACCUGAUAGACUUAGUCCACAGCCGCUAGAUCUUAAAAAAGGGGAAAUCAUGAAGGAGACUGGCAGCCAGGGGACCCACACCCCCGACGAACACGGGAGAUCAUCCGCAGAGCCUGACACACAAGCCAAGACAGAUUCAGCGUCCAAAUCAUCAAUAGCGAGGGCACCCCCGGAUGUGACCGCACCAAGCCAAGUUUUCGGGCCGGCAGCGAACGGGUACGGGUACAGCCUUCUGGCGGCUGCUGCUGCCGCUGCGGCGUCGGGGGAAUCGAGUCGAGAGACGCCCGAAGAUCUCACAAUCAAAGACGAAGACGACGACGACGAUGGAGACGAUGACAGUGAUAAGAUGGGCGAAACCGCCCCCGGCGUCGACCCCGAGAGGUUGAAGGCAUUUAAUAUGUUCGUCAGAUUAUUCGUGGACGAGAACCUGGACCGAAUGGUUCCGAUCUCAAAACAACCCAAAGAAAAGAUACAGGCCAUUAUUGAAGCCUGUUACCGACAGUUUCCGGAGUAUCACGAACGAGCCCGAAAGAGAAUCCGAACCUACCUCAAAAGCUGUCGGCGAAUGAAACGCCAACGGGACCAAAAUGGGCUGGACUCGUCAUUAAGACCCACUCCGCCCCAUCUCACCUCAGCUCGGGCCGAACACAUUCUAGCCGCCGCGUGUGAGAGUGAAAGCGAGAACGCUAAGAGGUUACGUCUAGAGCUCAUGCAGGCAGGCCACACAGUCACUUCAGUAUCUUCAAGUGAAUCGGUACGAGUAGACCAGCCUCAACAUCGGGCCACGCCCCCUCACACGACACCUUCCAAUCGGGUCGCGACAUACUCCGAUGAACCCCCCGCGAAGAUGACGGCACGCCCCUCCGACUAUCGUUUCAACGGAGUUGGGACGCACGACCCGUACUAUGCCAGCAUCGCCCCGCACCAUCCGGUGAACGUGCUGCAGGCUACGCAACACGCUCAACUUACAAAUGGACCAACAGACCUUAGCGUUAAGAAGAUGACUUCCAAAACGCAGCUUAGCCAGACGGAGGUAACCAACAUACGGCAGCUCAUCACAAGUUACCGGGAGUCGGCCGCCUUCCUCUAUCGAUCAGCCGAUGAGCUAGAACAAAUGCUGCUCCAACUCAACUGAAGCUACUCACCUUUUACUAUAUAGAUACUCCAAAUCACCUAUUCCACAUGCAUCUAGAAACUAUAGUGGUAUAUUUUUCAACAACAAAAGAAAGCCAUAGUUUUGACCUUUUCCAAGUGUAUGCUUGGUACAUGUAUAUACAAAUCCGGGAGGUUUAAUUUUCCAUUUACUGUUUCAUAAAACUUGUUAUCAAUAAAAAGUUACAAUAACUGCUAUAAGCUACUGAAAUCAUUGAAUUUGAUUGGCUGUUGGCAAUUUUUUCAUAAAAAUGAGGGUUUUUAUUAAUAUCAGGUUUAUGAAACCGGAAUCUGUUACUUUUUCUGUUCUGAAACAGAGAGGGUAUAAAAAUAUAUCGGUCCUGAUUAAUUAUUUGUUGAUAAGUAAAUCAACUAUAACUUUCUCUUCAUGAAACUCCGUCAAAACUUCCAUUAUAUAUUUUACAACUCAUCUCAACAUGAAAUUCAGCCUCACUAUAUUUUAGAGGAUGGAUAUUUUUAUCUUUCCUAAAAAUUUCUUUUAAUAAUAUUUAUUUAAAACAGUGUGGGCUAGGAUGCCGUAUUUGUCCUUGUUUUUAUAAGGAGUGAAAAUUCCUUAUGCGUUAUAUUAAGAUCAUUUUGCCAAUCAUAAUCUCAUUUCAGUACAAGGCAAUGCAGAAAUACAUGUAGCCCAGCAAUGAUGCUCUAGUGUCACUCCGCUGUUCAUGAUAGAAAAAUGGCAAAUUGGCAACCUAAUAACGUUUAGAAAUUGGCUAAUUGGCAACUCAAUAAUGUUUAGGAAUUACACACCGUGCCUCUUGUUUCAUGAUAUGAUUAGUUUAAAGGAUCAAAAUUUAUAAGAUAUCUGACCCAUACAAACCAUGGUAAACUGGACAAUCAUCCAAAACAAGAUUAUGUCUCACAUGAUUUUUCAAAGCACAGGGAUACAUGUAUAUUGACACGAUUUACAUCAGUGACUGAAAAUGAGUCUUUAUUUAAUUGAUUAUACUGAUUUUAGUAUUAUGUUCUAUAUCUAAAAACUGUUGUUUUAUAGUUAUAAUAUAAAUUACACAUUACUAUAAGUUUAGUAAACUAGUACUUUUGAGGUUACAUUCAGAGUUUGCUUGUUUUGAAUAGCGGUGGUGGACAGAAAAGGACAGUCUUCAGUGCUAUAAAUAUCUUUCUCACAACUCGGUCAAAUGUGCAAAUAUAUUACGAUUAUGUUGAAAAAGUCAGUCAGUGUUAUUGGCUAGUCGAUAUGUAAAUAUAUUAUACGGUAAACUCUUUCACUAUUUCUUACUGAGAUUUUUUAUACUGUUGAAUGUUUUUCCUUCUCUUGGUUUUGGUUUUGACAAGGUUUUUAUGUUGUUUCGUUUUCCUGUUUUUCUUUUUCAACUUUGGGUGUGCUUAUCAUAUUAUGUGCAAUAUCAUUUCCCGAUGGUCUACAUGGGCUACCCACGUGAAAGUGGGUUUAUAGCUAUACUAUGGUGCUGUGUAGGUUUCACAGUUGAGGAAGAAUCACUUGUAUAGUACUAGUCUUGUAAAUACAGGUGACUUUAUUAAUUAAACAUAUGUUUGAUUGCGACACUGAAGUACAUUGUAUAGUCAAACCUGUCUUAGUGGUCACCGCUCUAUAAAGGCCACCUGUCUAAACCGGGUUCUCCUAUAUUGCCUCCCUUGAGAAGGAUCGCGUUGAGGAACCUGUCUAAAUAUUAAAAAAGGCCACUUGUCUACACUGGUCAGUGCUUGUUCCUGUGUGUGGCCUCUUUAGACAGGUUUUGACUGUAGAACUUCAAAAUGUUUUAUAUUUUAAGUAUACACAACCUAUUUCAAUGUUCAAAAUUGAAGAGACAUUUUGAACUCCACUAACUUGACUACAUAAGCACAGAGGAGAGACGUGCAUUUCGAACGACGUUUUGAAAGUACUUUGAGUAAUUUAUGUUAGUUUAUAUCUUCUUUGUGUAAAAGAAGUAAUGUCUUGAAAGUACUAUGGGAAGCGAAAGGUGUUAGAAGAUAAUAAAAAAAUAAAGCAUCAUGAUUGCCUUGCUGAGUGGAUUAUGCGCACAGAUUUUGAAAGAAAUGAUUCUGCAAUUUUUCUACUUUUUAAUGAUGACACAGUAAUUAUGUACACACGGUGAUUAUGUACAAUUGUGACAUACAGUGUUUCAGCUUUCUGACUGUAUGCCUUUGCUUUUCAUCAAGCAUACAUGUAGUUGUAGAAGUAUGAAAGCCUUUAGCAAAUCCAAUUGAUUUGCACAUUUUCAGAAAAAUUGUUAGAAUCAAAGAUUGUGAAAUACCUUUAAGAACCGACCACCCUUGUUGAAAAAGUGGCGUUUUAUACAAUCUUAUACAAAAUUUGUUUGUUCCUUUUUAAUGGUCAACUUUCACUUUUGUGAUUCACUUUUCUGCAGGUGUUUUUAAAAAGUCAUCAUUAUCUUAUAGGUGAACAUGGACAACGAAAAUUGGACAAUAGUUGACAUGAAGUUACUCGAAUAUGCCCUUGCCUUUAAGAACUUAAAUAUUUGUAGUUAGAAAGAAAGUUUAAUGACAUUUGCGAUAUACUUUAAUUGCUACUUUGCUUUUAUAGAGUUAUGUGCAUACUAGGUGUGCUAUUUUAUGUGUUUAUUUAUUACCUCAAAUCAACAGCAAUUUUAAUUUUGUGCUAUUAAAACUAUUUGAUGAGUGAGCAUCUCUGGGAUUCUGAAGAAACAAUAUAUUGGCUGUUCGAAGCAAGAAGGACGUUAACUCAUUAUACUACCGAGUUAGCAACCUUCUGCUUCUGAAGCUGUCAAAAUUAUAUAUAUAUCAUGUCAUACAUAACAUCAGAACUUUGUUCUUGUCAAGGGUACAAUAUUAUCUAUUUGGAGCCACAAUCAUGAUGGUAAAGUCCAUCACCAAAUGUUGAAUUUACUAGCGCCAUCUGCAGAUGUUGAGCAUGCAGAAGACAUAACAAAUCCGGGGGGGGGGGGGGGUACUCACAUAUUAGGACAUACAGGGGUGUGCAGCUCUAAUUGGUAACUUUUUUACAAAAAAUCCCUAAA